CUGACUAGAUCAUGAGACAGAUCUGCAUGUGGGAGAUGCUGUCACAUUUUCAGACUGCAGGGACAGUACACGGUGGCCCACAUGGGACAGUCACUGGAGCCCAAAGCCCGUUGCCAGGAGUGGAAGGUCCCUGAAGUCUGAGACGAUUGCCUCUUGCCUGAUGCUGCUGGGAGAUGCUCAGAGUCAACACAAGGUGGAGAACAUAGUGACCCGCAAAGAUGAGCAGUGAGGCCACCCCUGAGGCUGUGUCCUCUCCACUGGAGCAGAAAUAUUUUGACAGAUACACUGAAGAUGACCCGGAAUAUCUGCGUGUCCGAAAUAUGGCGCCUGAUGUCAGGCAAGACUUUAAUAUAAUGGAGCAGAAGAAGAGAGUGACCAUGAUAAUGCAAAGUCCAUCGUUCAGGGAAGAGCUGGAGAGUCUCAUCCAGGAACAGAUGAAGAAGGGAAACAACUCCUCUAAUAUCUGGGCUCUCAGGCAAAUCGCAGACUUUAUGGCCAGCACUACUCCAUCCGUCUUCCCAACCUGUCCUGUCAGCUCCUCAAUGGUGUUGCCAAUCAACGAUAUCCACUGCAAUGACCCUGUCCCUCUGGCAAAAGGCGAGAGGCUCAUGAGAUGCAAACUUGCCAGUGUCUACAGACUGAUGGACCUUAAUGGCUGGGCUCAGCUUAGUGGUACCUUUUCCUCAAUAAGAGUAAAUAAAGAGCAAGACCACUUCUUAAUCAGCCCGCGGGGAAUCUCCUGUAACGAGGUGACGGCAUCAAGUCUGGUGAAGGUUAACAUUCUUGGGGAGAUGGUGGAAUCGGGAAGUACCAGCUUUGAGGUGGCCUCUUGUGACUUCAGCCUGCACUCAGCCAUCUACUCAGCACGACCAGACGUGAGGUGCAUCAUCCAGUUACACACGGCAGCCGCUACAGCGGUAUCAGCAAUGAAAUGUGGCCUCUUACCCAUCUCCCAUGAUGCCUUGCUAGCGGGGGAAGUGAUGUACUACGAUUACAGAGGAGACAUGGAUGAGGAAGAUGACAGGAUUGAACUCCAAAAGUGUCUGGGACCUACCUGCAAGAUCCUCAUUCUGCGGAACCAUGGGGUUGUUGCGCUGGGAGAAACCGUAGAAGAGGCUUUCUAUAAAAUCUUUCACCUGCAGGCAGCCUGUGAAACCCAGGCGUCAGCCGUGCCCAGUGCUGGAGGCCCAGAUAAUCUUAUCCUGCUGGACAGGGAGAAAUAUCGUCCCCAUGAAGUGGGAACAGUGGGCUGGGCUGGGAGCAAGUUUGGACCCAUGCAGAAGAGCAGGCUGGGGGAACAUGAGUUUGAGGCACUGAUGAGAAUGAUGGAUAAUUUGGGUUACAGAACAGGUUACUCCUACCGCCACCCGUUUGUUCAGGAAAAGACUAGGCACAAGAGUGAAGUGGAGAUCCCAGCCACGGUAACUGCUUUCCUUUUUGAGGAGGAAGGUGUGCCCAUGUCCACCCUGCGGCAGCAUGCCCAGAAGCAGCAGAAGGAGAAGACCCGUUGGCUGAACACGCCAAACACUUACCUACGGGUCAAUGUGGCUGAAGACACAGGCAGCCCCAAGACCACGUGGCUGAAAGCAGAUGAAGUGGUUAAACCCAGCAGUGGAGUGCCCAUCCGCAUCGAGAACUCCAAUCAGUUUGUGCCACUUUUCACUGACCCAAAAGAAGUCUUGGAGACAAGGAAUAAGAUCAGAGAACAAAAUCGCCAGGAUAUCAAGUCUGCUGGGCCUCAGUCUCAAUUAUUAGCAGGCGUGAUAACUGACAAAAGCAGAAGUCCGUCUGCAGACAGCCACUUGGCUUCAGGAACUGUAACAGAAAUCAAACAGGAGCCAUUAGAAGAUGUUUCACCAGAGCCCCCAAACCCCUUUAGCCAACUGACUGACCACGAGCUUGAAGAGUAUAAAAAAGAAGUGGAGAGGAAAAAGCAUGUCCUUGAUGAUCCAAAUGAGAGGGAACCAGCUGAAGAUGAUUCCCAGCCAUCACUGGUGACCCCACCCACUUCUCCUGUAAGAAGUCCCACCAAGACCAUAGUCCCUAUUGUUUCUCCUUCCAAGUCCACUGAAGGAGCGGGAAGAAAGGAAGAAACCUCAGUACCCACAGACUUGCCCACCACCACGGAGGAGAAAAUCCCACCGGCAGUGGUGUUGAAUGGGAAAGAGGAGGAUCAGUCUCCUCCCGAGGAAACGCCACCCAAAGUCACAGAUACAGAAACUCCUAAAGGAAAAAGCGAGACCGUACAAAAUGCAUCCCCAGAGGGAUCUCCCACUAAGUCGCCUUCCAAAAAGAAAAAGAAAUUCCGCACCCCAUCCUUCCUGAAGAAAGGAAAGAAGAAAGAAAAAGAGAAAGAAAAAGCAGAGUCUUGAUCUUCUGACAGCAGAGGUCCAAAGGAACUCUCUAUUUAUAUACAAGUCCCCUUGCUUCCAUGACUGUGGCAGCAAAGGGGAAUAAACAGACCUUUCCAAAUAAGGGAACAAAGGUGAGAUGAGCUGCAUAUUCCUUCAGGAAUGGAUGCCGUGGGUGUUCUCUGUGAUUGUCUAGAUUUUGCUGGUACAGAAAAGGGCACUGCCUCAUGGGACAAUCCGGCAUAGAUCUUAUAAAGAAAAAUAAUAACUUCAUCCAGAAAUGGCUUCCUCACAACAUCACUGGGCUUGUCAUAGUAAACUGUUUGCUUUUGUGGUUUCUUUCAGUUAUUUAUUUUUCUAUCCCUGGUAUGUUAGAGUGAAAUAAACCUACAUAUGUAAUGCUGAUUGUCAGUGACAGACCAAUAAACCCUGUCAAUUUGGGGCAAGCUUAAGGGCUCUUACAGACGAGCGUUUUUACCUGCGCUCCCCUGCGUUCCGUUUUUCUGCGUUCAGCCGCAGGGGAGCGCAG